UGCACGGUGGAGAGCAAUCGAAAAUCGAUGAAACACAAGAGGUAGCGUGGCGUGUUAUCCACCGUGGGAUUUGCGCGGUUCAAUUGCAUCUGGUGCAUGCAAUACGAAGGACAGAACAAUGCUGCAUUCUAGAUGUUUUGACUGAGUUCCUUAUGUUACACGCUCUGUGGAAGUAUUUGCUAGAGUUUGUGUUGUCUAAUUAUUCAAUAUCUUAAAUCAGAGAUCUCCAUAUCGGAAGAUCAUUAUAUAUACUGAUUAUUUUUAGAAUUAUCAUUUUAAACAAAAUUCUGCAGUUAGAGAAUCUUGUUACAUUUUUUUUCAUUUAAUUUAAACCAUGUUGAGAGGAGAGGGUGAUAAAAAGAAAAGACUACCUUUGUUGCCAAAAAAAGAAAAGACUACCUUUGUUGGCACCCAGGCCCUCGUCCGUCGCCUCUGCGACGAGCGCCAGCUCCACCGCCUCGACGCCAACUCCCUCGGCCUCCUCGUUGUUGUCGCCGCCCGCUCCAGCGCCACUCUCUAUGCUAUCUCCAUUAUCCGAACCAUGCUCUGCUCCGGCUAUCUCCCCCACGUCAAGGCCUAGAGUGCCGUCGUCAGCCAUCUCGUUGCCACCCCCGACGAUGAUCUCAUCGAGGCCCUCCGCCUCUUUGACGCCGACCUCCGUCGCGUCCGUCGCACUGGCAACGUCGCGGCCGACGUCCGACCCGACACCGCCGCCUUCAAUGCAGCCCUAAAUGCUGCUGCCAACCUGGGGGACGUUCGGAGGUUCGCCCAGCUGUUCGACGAAAUGUCCGAGUUCGACGUCAAGCCCGACGUACUAACAUACAAUGUUCUCAUCAAGAUGCUUGCCAGAGCUGAGCGAAAAGACCUGCUGGCAUUCAUUUUGGAGCGCAUUAUCCGAAGAGAGUUGGUCCCUUGCAUCACCACCUUACAUUCCCUCGUCGCAGCCUAUGUGGGCUUCGGCGAUCUAGAGUCUGGUGAGAGGUUGGUGCAGGCAAUGCGGGAAGGCCGGCGCGACCUUUGCUCGAUAUUCAGGGACUCGAAUGAUGAAGAACCAACUGAUAGAAGCGACGAGGAAGCUCAUACUCUUCUUGAAAAGCUCAUUACCGUGAACGCAAAUUCUGGUGAUGCCAAUGAUGAUGAUGAUCUCCCGCCAUUGCUUCCCAAGACGUACACACCCGACUCCAGGAUCUACACUACAUUGAUGAAAGGGUACAUGAAAGAAGGCUGCAUCGACGAUGUUGUCCGCAUGGUCCAGGCAAUGCGGCAGGAGGCAGACCCCUCAAGCCACCCGGAUCAUGUCACAUACACCACUAUUAUCUCUGCGCUUGUUAAGGCGGGCGCAAUGGACCGGGCACGCAGUGUGCUCACUGAGAUGGCCCGUGCCAGGGUGCCUGCCAACCGUGUCACCUACAAUGUUCUCCUCAAGGGCUACUGCCAGCAGCUCCAGCUGGACAAGGCGAAAGAGCUUGCACGCGAGAUGUCUGGGAAGGCAGGCAUCGAGCCUAAUGUUGUCUCUUACAACAUCCUCAUUGAUGGGUGCAUACUGGUGGAUGACAGUGCUGGUGCCCUGGCCUACUUCAAUGAGAUGCGGGAGCAUAGAAUUGCGCCUUCCAAGGUUAGCUACACGACGCUAAUGAAGGCAUUUGUGCUGUCGGGGCAGUCGAAGUUGGCGCAUAAGGUGUUUGAUGAGAUGGACAAGGACCAAAGGGUUAAGGUGGAUAUGGUGGCUUGGAACAUGCUGGUGGAGGGAUAUUGUAGAUUGGGAUUGGUUGAGGAAGCUAAGAAGGUUGUGGAGAAAAUGAAGUACGGCUGUCAACCUGAUGUUGCCACUUAUGGAAGCCUUGCUAAUGGUAUAGCACUGGCUAGGAAGCCAGGGGAGGCUCUUUUAUUGUGGAAUGAGGUGAAGGAGAGGUGUAAGGCCUCACCACCGCUGAGGCCAGAUGAAAGGUUGCUGGAUGCUUUGGCUGACGUUUGUGUGCGGGCAGCAUUCUUCAAAAAGGCUCUGGAGAUUGUGGCUUGCAUGGAGGAGAAUGGGAUCUCACCCAACAAGACCAAGUACAAGAGGAUAUAUGUGGAGUUGCAUUCCAGGAUGUUUACAAGCAUGCAUGCUUCUCAGGCAAGGCAGGACAGGAGGAGAGAGAGGAAAAGGGCAGUCGAGGCCUUCAAGUUUUGGCUGGGGCUUCCAAAUUCUUACUAUGGAAGUGAAUGGAGGCUUGAACCAGUCGAUGAGUACGACUAUGGAGUUAGCUAGUUCUGUUUCGACCAGGUGCUGAGGGGUCUGGUAUACAUCUAGGGAUGAGGACUGUCUCCAAAUUUAGUAUUCAACAUCUCAAACCUAAUGGAAUACUUUCAAGAUUUGUCGGUGGUUGACUUCCUUCUCUUGAAAACUGGCUUCUGUGCAAUAAGAAAAUGCAAGAGAGGAGGAGAUGGCAGUCAAUUGGUGACCUAAAACAGAAGACUUGUUAGGUACAUAGGUUGCUUAUGUACCUUACUGAUUUAUGAGUCUAUCAGAAAAUGAUGAUAUGCAUUGCUAAUAUUUGUUACUUAUCUGCCCUUUUCUGAUAAAUUGUCAUGCAUGAGAUAGGCCGAUCCUUAACCUGUUAA